CGGAGGAGGCGCCCGCGGCUGCAGAGCUGCAGAGCGGGGUCUCCCGGCCCUCGGCGUCCCAGCCCUUUGCACAUAGCUGGGCCAGACAACAGCUCAUUCUCUCGGCGCGGCCGUCAGGGCCCCAGCGGUCGGCAAGCUGGCUCCCCGAGUAGCCACCGGGACCCCCGAGCCCAAUGGCGGGGGCGGCAACAAAAUCGACAGCACCGUGGAGAUCGCCCCCGGCGCCAAUGGACAGGUCGGGAGCCUCGGAGAUGCGGUCCCCCCCGAGCAGCUGCAGGGUGAGCGGGAGCGCCGGCGGGAGGGGGAGGGCGACGCGCUGGGCAGCAGCCUGUCGCUGGCCGCGCCCCCGGGCCCCCUCAGCUUCGAGGCUCUACUCGCCCAGGUGGGGGCCCUGGGUGGCGGCCAGCAGCUGCAGCUCGGCCUGUGCUGCCUGCCCGUGCUCUUCGUGGCGCUGGGCAUGGCCUCAGACCCCAUCUUCACGCUGGCGCCCCCGCUGCACUGCCACUACGGCGCCUUGCCCCCCAACGCUUCGGGCUGGGAGCAGCCCCCCAACUCCAGCGGCGUCAGCGUCGCCGGCGCAGCCCUAGCAGCCAGCGCCGCCAGCAGAGUCGUCACCAGUACGGACCCCUCGUGCAGUGGCUUCGCCCCACCGGAUUUCAACCACUGCCUGAAGGACUGGGACUACAACGGACUGCCCGUGCUCACCACCAAUGCCAUCGGCCAGUGGGAUCUGGUGUGUGACCUGGGCUGGCAGGUGAUCCUGGAGCAGAUCCUCUUCAUCUUGGGCUUUGCCUCCGGCUACCUGUUCCUCGGUUACCCCGCGGACAGGUUUGGCCGUCGUGGGAUUGUACUGCUGACCUUGGGGCUCGUGGGCCCCUGUGGAGUGGGAGGAGCUGCUGCGGGCUCCUCCACGGGCAUAAUGACUCUUCGAUUCCUCCUGGGCUUCCUGCUGGCUGGCGUUGACCUUGGUGUCUACCUGAUGCGCCUGGAGCUGUGCGACCCAACCCAGAGGCUUCGGGUGGCCCUGGCAGGGGAGUUGGUAGGGGUGGGAGGGCACUUCCUGUUCCUGGGCCUGGCCCUUGUCUCUAAGGACUGGCGGUUCCUGCAGCGAAUGAUCACCGCUCCUUGCAUCCUCUUCCUGUUUUAUGGCUGGCCCGGUCUGUUUCUGGAGUCCGCACGGUGGCUGAUAGUGAAACGGCAGAUUGAGGAAGCCCAGUCUGUGCUGAGGAUCCUGGCUGAGCGAAACCGGCCCCAUGGCCAGAUGCUGGGAGAAGAGGCCCAGGAAGCCCUGCAGGAGCUGGAGAAUACCUGUCCUCUCCCCACAACGUCCACCUUUUCCUUCGCCUCCCUCCUCAACUACCGAAACAUCUGGAAAAAUCUGCUUAUCCUGGGCUUCACCAACUUUAUCGCCCAUGCCAUUCGCCACUGCUACCAGCCUGUGGGAGGAGGAGGGAGCCCAUCAGACUUCUACUUGUGCUCUCUUCUGGCCAGCGGCACAGCAGCCCUGGCCUGCGUCUUCCUGGGGGUGACCGUGGACCGUUUCGGCCGUCGGGGCAUCCUGCUUCUCUCAAUGACUCUCACGGGGAUUGCAUCCCUGGUCUUGCUGGGCCUGUGGGAUUAUCUGAACGAUGCUGCCAUCACAACCUUCUCGGUCCUCGGACUCUUCUCCUCCCAAGCUUCUGCUAUCCUCAGUACCCUCCUUGCUGCUGAAGUCAUCCCCACCACUGUCCGGGGCCGUGGCCUGGGCCUUAUCAUGGCACUUGGGGCGCUUGGAGGGCUGAGCUGUCCAGCUCAGCGCCUCCACAUGGGCCAUGGAGCUUUCCUGCAGCAUGUGGUACUGGCGGCCUGUGCCCUCCUCUGCAUCCUUAGCAUCAUGCUGCUGCCAGAGACCAAGCGCAAGCUUCUGCCAGAGGUACUCCGGGAUGGGGAACUGUGCCGUCGGCCUUCCCUGCUGAGGCAGCCACCUCCUAACCGCUGUGACCAUGUCCCCCUGCUAGCCACUCCUAAUCCUGCCCUCUAAGCAGCCUCUGAGCCUGGUGGGAGGCUGGCCAUUUAGAAAGGUGACGGAGGGCUGGCUAGCAAGAUAGACGGAGAGGCAAGGCCACCCUGUACAUACAAAAGGCUCCAAGGCGCCUCACGCCAUCUAGGAGAGCUCAGAGUGCCAUUCCCAACCCCCUCUCCUCCCCGCUGCUUUCUGUUCACUUCAUCAGCAAGAGUCAGGACGGGGAUAGCAUCUCGCUAUAACCGUUAGGUCUGGGAUCCAUCCUAUGCCCAAAGACAUUUUCCCAGACCUUGCUCUUUCUCGCUCUUCAUUCUGUUUCAAUAAAAGACAUUUUGAAUAAA